AUGUCCACACAACUCAAGCUCCUAGCCAACUACGGUGUAACCGGCUUCCUCCUAAGCACCGGUCUAUUCGCCCUCCUCGUACCCACCACCUUCGCCGCCGGCUUCGGUAUGCCCGUCGCAGCUGACACAUUCGCAUCCGGUUUCGUCCAAUGUGUGGGUGGUCGCAACUUAACCUUUGGUAUCAUCGCUGGGAUCUUUUUGCAGCGAGGAGAUAUAAGGGCUGUUGCACUGAUGGCGACGAUGUUGGCGGUUGAUGGGUUUGUAGAUGGCAUGGUGACGAUGAAAUAUGCUGGGGUUGGGUAUGCGUUACCUCAUUUUGGGGCAGCGGCGAUUAUUCCGUUUGUGAGUUCGUGGAUGGCUAGUUAG